AUGAUUACCAUCUGCUUAUUUAACAUCCUCCUGCAGUUUUUCAAGCCUGUAAAAGUUGAUCCAAAGCAACAUGGGAAGUUUCACAAAGGAGAUUCAUAUAUCGUAUUGCAGGUGAUGUAUAAAGAUGAGUAUUUUAAUUUGUGUCACAGUAAAGCUGCAUACUGGUCAGCAUUUACAGGUAACAGUGCCCUGUUACCCUCUAAUGUCACAGAUUUUGCAUUGUUACCCUCUCAGAGAUUUUGGCAGGAACUAGUUCUAUUGUUAGAUCUCAUGUGACUUCAAAGUAACCAAUGAGAGUGUGUGCUGUCAGGAAAAAAUUUCCAGCUGUAAAGCAGUAAUUAUUGUUUUUUUUCUUCAAAAACAGACAAUAGCUGUUGGCAGUAAAGCAAACAUAUUUUUUUGGCUGGGUCCAGAAACCUCUCAGGUAUUGUAUUAUGUAGUAUUUGUAUUAAAUUAUUUCAAUAGUUUUGCAUCUAUCAUACGGAACAAGUCUGUGUUCAAUGUACUCAAUGCAAAUUGUCUAAAAAUGUAUUAUCUUAAUAUUGUAACCCAACUGCUCCAAGCAAAGUAUACUAUGUAUGUGUGCAAACAUAUGAAAGUAAUGAAAGACUAAUGAAAUUUGUUAUAACUGAACAAUUUAAUGAUGGUAAGGGAAAAAAUCAAUGCCAGUGUAGUAAAAAAUAGCCAAUAUAAAAAACCCUAUUAUUAUAAGAUUAAAAUUAUUAUUAUAAAGUUUACAUUAAUAUUGUUAUCAUAGCUUAUUAAUGUUAUCAUUGUACAGGAUGAAGCAGGGACUGCUGCUCAGCUUGCUGUCACACUUGAUGAUGAACUGGGUGGUUUCCCUGUACAGCAUCGAGAGGUUGGUUGUCCUGUGUCCAUGCCAAAGAGAAAAAUAUCAUCAACUGUAACGUUUUGAAAUGAAUGUUCUUUUUGUAGAUGCUCCACCUAAUAUGUAAUAAAGCUGAUUAUAAAAAGAAAAAUUAUAGCAAUAAUUAUUAAUGAAUUAUUAUAUUAUUUGUUACUUGUGGAUGUAAGAAAUGCUUUGGGUUCCAAACAAAGUAAUCCUCUUUCAGUCUGACCCCACUGAAUGUUUUGCACGGUAGUUACUUUUUAUCCUUGGUUUAAAUUUUAUUUGAUUUAGUUUGAAACUCAUUAUCUUACAUUACCAUACCAAAAACGAAGGAAAAAUGAGAUUUGAAACAAAAGAUAAAAUUGAACCACAGCAUGUACAUGAAAAGCAAAUAAAAAUUAUGAAAAUUGUAAUUUUUGUGCCUUCAUGUGUGUUUCUAGGCAUGCUAAAGUUUAUGUGCUUAAUUAUAUUUUUCCCAGGUUGGAAGAUAUGAGGAUGAAGCAUUUAAAGCCCUCUUUCCAAAGAUGAGGUAUAACUAACUUAUAUUACUGCAGCCAGUGCAGGUGUUACUGAUGCAUUUUGCUGCGGUUAUCAGUGCUAUGGGUUUGAGAGUAUACGCAAACAAAGAGAGAGAAAUUCUUAUUCUGCCAACUCUCAUGCAUUAUGUGUGUCUCAUGCCUGUGGACCAAACACAUCGAUCUUAUGCAUCGAAGACAAUUCUCAUGCCCGACUUACAAAUCCGGACAAUUUGUUCUUCAACACAUGAACGAAAAUUUAAUUCAGUUUCCCAGAAAUAUUCCAAAAAGGCACUUCAUGUUGACUUGAUGUCUAAACUGUAUCACAACAUUAAAUAGCUUCGGAAGUGCUCAAAAAAUAUUGGGAUAUCUAUGUUGUCAGCAUCGUUUCGGAAGUCCUCAGAAAAUCAUCAGAAAUCUUUGGAAGUCGCUGGGACGUUAUGGAAAUCCCGGUUAUGACAAGACCAAAAUCUCACACAUUUUGACUAAGAAAAAGUUGGCAGGUAUAUUAAUUCUGUGAUCAAAUAUUCCUAAAAGCUUUGCUGCAUUAUUGUUUUUAUCAUUGUACAUUUCUUAACUUUAGUUUGCUUGAUGGUGGUCAUGCAAGUGGGUUUAAAGAGGGAAAGAAAAAGUUCAAAAAAGCUUUACUGCAAGUAAAAGGAAAACGAAAAGUUUAUGCUUCACAGGUGAGUCUUGUCAGCUUUUGAAUUAAAAUCAUGCAGACUUCAUGCAUGUACAGGGUUCGCAUGCACCUUGAAAGUCCUUGAAAGUCAUUGAAAAUUGAAGUAGGUGCUGGAAAGUCCUUAAAUUUCAGUGCUAACUUUAUCCAAUUCAGCAAACACAAACAAAGAAACAACUUCAGGAUAAAAUUGCUCAUGUUGAGGAAGAACUAAAAAAGACAUAGACUCAUUAGGCUCUUUUUUCGCACGGAAUGGAGUCCUUGAAAAAGGGAAAAUGUGUCCUUGAAAGUCCUUGAAUUUUUUGUUCAAAAGAGUGUGCGAACCCUGCAUUUAGCAACAUUCAAGCUAUGACUUGACCUUUGUUUGAUGUAUGUCAUCUUCUCUUUCUUAGGUCUCACUGGAUGUGUCUUCCCUUAAUCAAGGUGAUUGUUUUGUUCUGGACAGUGGGCGAAAAAUUUUUGUGUGGAUUGGAAAGGAGAGUAAUCUUAAGGAAAGGAUAAAUGUAAGUCACUAAUGCCAUAUGAGUAACAUUUUCUAAGCAACAGUUGUGUUGCAAUAAAUUCAGAUGAAUAAUGUCAUUGUGUAUAGAGAUGUAAUAGUGCUGCCCUUAUCCAACAAUUACUGCAUCAAAAUCUAUAUAAUAUUUCUGUUCUGUUAUUUUUGGUUUAGGCUUUGUCUUAUGCAAGGGAGUUGAGAGAUGAGGAAAGAGCAGGAUUAGCUAGCGUUCAAAUUGUUGGUAAGAUUAAUUGUUAUUGUGAAGAUUGAGUUCUGCAAAUUUAAAGUUUUAACGCAAAUGACAGAUAUAGUAAUUUGCUGUCUGUACGUGUUAAGGUACUACAAUGUACGGUCAAACCUUAAAUACAGACACCUCGUUAUUAAGAACAGUUUGCUUUGUUCCUGGGGAAAGAAAGCCCUUAAAUUUUCUUUAAAUUACUUAAUACGGACACCCCGUUAAUACAGACACUUUUAAUGGCCCUCUUUGUGUCUGUAUUGAGAGCUGGGUUUGACUGCACUUGAACUGAUGCAAAAGCAUUGAGGUCUCGCCAUUGGCAAUGAUUAACUCAGAUACUGUCAGUAUAAAUUAUUUGUCUGAUUUAUGCAUUUUUAAUGGAUUCAAUCUUUGCUUACACAGAAAGUCCAGAGGAUGAAGAGGAGUUUUUUUAUGCACUGACAGGAAACAAGCGUGUUGUGCAGAUUACCAAGGAGGGUGAAAGUGAUCAGCAAAUUGAUGAAACAGUCAAUCUUACUUUAUAUAGGUAUGAUGUACGUAAUAUUAUUGGUUCACAUUCUUUUCUCCCCAGUGUUAUCUCCAUUUUGAUUGCAUGAUGGCGAAGUGGUUAGACCCUAAAAAAUUGGAUGGCACUGAUCAAUAUUAUUACAGUGUGACCAUUCAAUUGAAUGUUCUUUAGCAGCAUUUCCUCAUUACAUUUUUAGGGAGGUUGGAGAAGGGGCCGAGAGGGAUUGGGAAAAUGUUGUACGUAAAGGUGAGCAAGGAACGAGAGACAGGGCAGCCCCACCUAAGGGCAAAGCAAGACAACCGCCAACAAAAAAACCUAACAAUUUACCCUCAAACCAUGAUGUGCAAAUGUAAAUUGAAGAUGCCCUGCUCACACAGGUGUAAUACAUUUUUCCAAUAACCAAGUCUGAAUCACUAAAGUGUAGUGACAAAACUUUCAGAUAAGGAUGAUUCUAAAUUUCCCUUAUUUCUUGGCCCCUAUCUAUUAUUCAUGUUAUGAAUAGUCACAGAGAGACCACAAAUGCUAGGUUGAAACCAUAUUAUUCUGAAUUUUAUUUUGAUUUGGCGGUUCCUUGUAUAUAAAUAUAAUGUUAUGUUGCAGGAGUCAAUGUAAGCAUAUUUAUGCGGGAUUAAUAAUUUGUGUCAUGUGUUUAAAGGGUUAAAGAAGAUGAAACAGGAAACAUAACAAUGAAAGAGACAGGGGGUAAACCACUUUCACGGAAAGAUCUAGAUUCUGAUGUAAGUUUUACACGAUUUUAUAGUGUGUGUUUUUAAACCAGAAUGCAGUAUCACUCAGUAUUAGGUGUAUCAGGUGAAUGGCAAUAGCAGUUUAUAAAAGCAAGAGACUAGCCACUACCCUCAUUCCAUAAGGUGUGUAUGUGUCUGGGGGUGAGGGUGGGGGUCAGAAAAGUGGUUCAUAUAUUUACAGUAUAGGUGUAUUUGCUACUGCAAAUAAAGAAUGGAUUCAUUUUUUCCUAUUUCUAUCAGAAGCCCUCCUCACACUUUGUAACUUUUUGUGACAGCACACUGUCUUUAUUGUAUACACCUGAUUUAAAAAACAUCAUUUAAAAAGUAUGAACUGUGAACAAUUGGACCUUACGGAUUUAUGGGUAGAAACGUCAUUAUAAGCAAUGUGAUUUUAAAGUUCUUCCAGAAAGGUUUACAUUGUCAAAGCUUUUUGCACUGAUGCAUUCCAAAACAGGUUAAAACAGUUUCCAGUUUUCUUAGCAAAUAAGCUCACAACUUCACCUGUACAUGGCGCACCAGAGAUCUCUACAGCUAAAGAGCAUAGCCAUAUUGUAAACUGACACUUGCAAAUCAUAAGGUAGGGAGUAGGACCUAAAAGCUUCUUGGAAGACAUUAAAAGACAAUGGCAUGCUGUAAACAAAGCAAUAAAUAGAAUUUAAUAUUUACAUUAAAUUUAAAUUGAAUGUAAACCUUUGUUGAAAGAACUUUGAAUUUGCUUUGCUAAUGAAUGUAUACCCACAAAUCCUUGAAGCCUCAUGGUUUCUACUUUUUAAGCGACAACAAUUUUUCAGUCAGGUAUAAUUUAUUUUCACAGCUUCAGUGGGUUAGGUAUAGGCCCAAAAAAAUCUAACUUAAUGUACAAUAAAUGAUAACUCUAUUAAUAAGAGUUCACAAUACAAUCUGUGUCUGUUGCAGGAUGUGUUCAUACUGGAGACUGGAGUGAGUCUGUAUGUAUGGAUAGGACAUAAAGCUUCAAGAAAAGAAAAGAGCAAAGCAAUUAAGGAUGCUCAAGUUAGUACUUACACAAUCUAAAAUUUCAAUCUCACUACUAUUCUCCUUAUCCAAGUGGAAUAUCUCACUCACUUUCUAUCAAGAAGGCUAUAUUGUAGGCUCAAUUGUCUGAAAUUUGUUGUGACCUCUUUUGUAAGUCCCAGUGCUCACAGUGUAAGACACAAUCCUUUGACCCAUUACCAAGGACUGUCAAAAUCUUAGUGAUAACUGCAUCGUAUAUUUAAGACUAAAUAAUUAUUGUUUCAUGCCUAUACGAAGUUAUUGUACUUGCUGAGCUUAUAAUCAGCUUGAAAGAAAAGUUUUACAAUUAAAUUGGUUACAGCAAGUACAGCUGUAUACCAAAGUAUCUCAAACCCUAAUAUUACUUUUUAUUUUUGAAGGGAUUUUUGUCUGCAAGACAGUUGAAUCCAAACACAUCUUAUAAAAUUAUCAAGGAUGAACUUGAGCCAACAGAGUUUAAACAGUACUUUACUGAGUGGGAAGGAGAGAUUGAUGGACAAACCUACCAGGCUGGUCGUGGCAUAGCUACAAAAGGUGCCUUUUGUGUAUAGCGUGGCUGGCGAGCCACUUCUUAGAUCAUUUCAGCCUCUAAAUCAGCUUUACCCCAUUUGAAUUUCCAUUUUUUGGCCUCAGUUCAGUUUAGAAACAUUUUUUCUUAGUUCCCAUUACUGCUAAGAUCAUAGCAUGACUGGAACUUUCUGCCAUUGUUAACAUUCACCUACAGUGCGUAAAAAAGAAAGAAACUAGCAUACUUGCAAGAAUUUUUGACAAACCUCAUUUACACCUCUGUAAACUCAAUAGUUGCAUCUGUGCAGUUUCAGCAGUGAAAUAAAUGAAUAGCUAAAAUUGGGGUAUUAAAAUUUAGCCAUUUUUAGAGGAGAGUCUAGUUUUGCUGUCCAGCCCACAUUUGGAGGGCUAAUUUGUUGCAAAUACUCACCACAACCUACUUGAGUACCAACUGCAGGGAUAUUCACACCCUUUUGUGACACUAGGGGAGGGGUGAUAUAGGGUCAGUCUACAGCCAUGAGUGUCUUGAUGUGCUCGUGAAACUCGCCACCCACCUACCGGUAGAUGUGAUAGUGUACUGACAUAGUUUGUCUUCAUUUAUCUAGAACAAAUUGAAAAGAAAUUUGGAAAAUUUGAAGUCAAGUCUAUGCAUAAUAACAGGAAAACAUCAGUGUCUUCUAGUAGCAGCAAUCCUGAUGAUGGAUCUGGUAGUAAGCAAGUGUGGAGAGUCAAAAGCUUUGAAUUAGUAACUGUACCAGAAGAAUCACAUGGAGUGUUCUACUCUGGUGACUGUUAUGUUGUUCUGUAUACCUAUCUCAAGAAUACUAAGGAAUACCACAUCGUCUACUUUUGGUUGGUGAGUCAGUGCUUCUUGCUUUUGCUUGAGUGUUGCUCUGUUCUAUCACUGAUUAUCAGUUAGGCUAUUGUGGAAGUUAACGCAAUUAGGCUGCCUCAACAACUAUCCGAAUGAAUACCUUGAAUUCUGCUUGAUACCCCUAUACUUCUGCUAGUUGUGUGUUUGAUUCGUCUGUCUGGAUUAGCAAAUGAGUCAUGUCCUGUGUGUCCAAUGCACAGACCACCCAGCCACACUGCCUCCAUAAUAGUAAUCAAUCUGAUUGAAUUUGACUGGUUGUUGGUUGCCAGGGAAAUGACAGCACAAGUGAUGAGCAAGGAGCAGCUGCAGCAGCUGCAGUUCAACUUGAUGACAAGUUUAAUGGUGAACCAAUUCAGAUCCGAGUUUGCGAAGGAAAGGAGCCUGAUCAUUUCUUUUCGAUUUUCAAUCGUCAACUCCUUAUCUACCAGGUAAAUCUUGAAAAAAAGUGAUAGAAAGCAAACAAGAAUUGUCUCUUUCCCUUCCAAGAUAACCAAAAUUAAACGUUAUUUUUUAUUUUUAGGGGGGUCAUGCAAGUGGCUUCCGGAAUGUCCAGCAAUCUGGGUCUUCUGGAGAUACCCGACUUCUGCAAGUACGAGUUGUUGGAAACGAUGCCAGGAUUGUUGAGGUACAAGACAAAAGUCCUCAUGAGUUAUGCAGGUUACUGGUCGUUUUGAUACGAGGUUAUUCAGUUUAGGUGUAAAUAGUUUUACGUAUUUGGCUUAAAGAACGAAGGAUAUUUACCCAAAAUGUUUUUCUUGUUCACGUGCAAACUAUACUUGAUGUGAACGACGUUUUUGUGCAAUUUCACUUCUAGAGUUCUUAUCAAAACGACUUGAAUCGAAACGAUCGGAUUCCUUCAUAUCGAAAUAAGGAUCCGUUAAAGCGUCUUCUUAAGAACAUGUCUUCACCUCAAUAAUAUUCCAAAAUAAUGGUCCAGUUGGUCUAGCUUUGAAACUGUUUCCUGUUUUUCUCGCGUUUGAUAAUUAUACACUUCAACAGAUGGUGGGCUCUUAUCAAUUCUCGCCAAAAUAGAAUGGUCAGUUCUUUGUUAAGUGAAAAAGGAGACAAAACUGUAACCACGGCUAUUUUAUAACUUGAAGGUUCUUCCAGUUGCUCAGUCACUAAACAGCAGUGAUGUGUUCGUGCUGCAUAAUCCACAUGCUUGUUUCAUCUGGGUCGGUAAAGGCAGCAUUGGUGAUGAGCAGCAUUGUGCAAAAGAAGUCUUAAAAAGGAUCUCCAUAUCAGAGUAUGACCUUCUCUUAGAGGGCAAAGACGAGAAGCCUAAAGACAAAUGGGAGACAUUUUGGCAGAUGCUUGGUGGUAAAGCUGAUUAUGGAUCAGCUAAACAGUCAUGGGUGAGUUACAAUCUCGGCAAAAGCAGAAAUUCACGUCCACACGUGCCUCAAAAAGUUUGAUUAACAAACAACCCAUUUGCACGUACAUUUAAUGCUUAUUUAGCAGCACGACGCUUUCUACGUACGGACGUACCUCCUCAACACUGAAGUCAUUUCAUUCGCUGAAGAUAUUUGUUUGAUUUCUAUACUUUAGCCAAGCCAGCAGUUGGUUGGAGUGUUUGGCGUGGUUCAUCAUUCUCAUACUUUAGUUAGUCUGCGAGCAGGCUCACCUGUGUGAAUUCAGGAAAAAUUUUGGCAGCGGAAGGGCUCGGCUGCCAAGUUUCCCCGAAAGUGAUUUUCUCUUCUUGGUCUGCAUGUCUGUCCAAUGACCAGUUACUCUUCAACUUGUCAAGUUAUCCACUAAGUUCUUAGAUGCCCUUCACGUGUUUGCAUUUCUAUUUACCACUUACUAAGAAUGCGAGGCUUGCUUUGCUAUCGAUACUUUCUGGGCGAGUAUCACUACUUACAGUUAACAAAGAGCUGUUUUACACAUGGUUCAUUUCAACUUGUAAGAUCGCGGCGGCAUAUGUCGUUAACAGCUCUUCAUGGGAACAAGUCAGAGACGUAAAUCCCAUUCUCAUUUCUAGCGCAUUUCAUUCCUUCUUCUCAGUGGGGGGUUUGAAGUUUCCGUUCGGGAGGUAUGAGAGCAAGAUUGAAUUUUUCUGCUCCUUAGGGGGAAGUAGAAUCGACUGUCUAUGCAGCCAGACUGUUCCACUGCUCUGACGCCUCAGGAAGGUUUGUUGUCGAGGAGGUUCUUAACUUUUCACAAGAAGAUCUAGAAGAAGAUGAUGUAAUGAUUCUUGAUGCAUGGACUCAGCUGUUUAUCUGGGUUGGAUCAAAAGCGCGCAAAGAGGAAAAACGAGAGGCGAUCAGGACAGCUGUGGUAACUUAAAGGUUUCUUACUCUAACAAAUGUAGGGAAACUGAAGGACGUAAAAAAGAAUCUAUUUAAUUUUCCGGUAACGUAACAACAACGCCUCAGGAAAUGUUACGCUGGGUUUAAAAUUUUAACCCUCCAUAGAGUAUACCUUCUUAUAAAGGGGUUAGUUUCGGAUGAAACUAGUCAGACUGUGUAAGUGAGGGUAAUUGGAUACAUAGUCCACUACAGUGAACUGAUUUGAUUGAAAGUGGAAAAAAAAAGAGGAAGGAAGGGAGGGAGAGAGGAGGGAACCUUCACCGUCUCUCCCUACCCCACCCCUCCCUUCCGUGUCCAUUUUCAAAAUGCCUGGAGGAGGCUAAUUGGCAACACAUAAGAUUUUGUCCACAGAUUUAAAAGCCAGUGACUCAUAAUCUCGCCAUAACGUGACUACCUUGGAAACCUUCUGUUAUGCAAAGUACCUUUUAGUAUCAGGGCCUAAUAAGCAACAACAUUGUGUUUACAGGAAUAUGUGAAGACUGACCCACGACAGCGAUCACCAAAUAAACUGAUUAUGUUAGUGAUAAAACAAGGCGCGGAACCAUUGGCAUUCAAAUCGUACUUUGUCGCCUGGGAACCACAGAUGUGGAAAAAAAAGAUGACUUAUGAAGACCAAUUAAAAGCCAUCAAACAGGGCAACGAAAAUGUGGAUGAAGAUGCAUGGACCAUGGUAUGGUGACGAUAAAUAGAUUGAGCAUCAGGCUCUUCUUGGGGGAGGGGAGAAAAGAGCCAAAUGCUUCUUGUCUCUCCUUCCCCCUAAGGAAGGCUUGAUACUUGAGUUGUCUCCGUCUUAUAAAGGUGUUAAUUAGACGAGAAAGACAUGAAUCUGUAGGGGGAGGGGAGAAAAGAGCCAAAGGCUAUUUCUCUCUCCUCCCCACUAAGGAAGGCUUGAUACUUGAGUUGUCUCAGUCUUAUAAAGGUGUUUAUUAAAGGAGAAAGACAUGAAUCUGUAGCGGGAUUAAGGGACUAACUUUUCUUUCAGACUGAGUGGAACGAGGCCCUCAAACCAAAAGAAUAUGCCAUAGACGUGUUGCGGAAGAAAGGAGAGGAAUUACCGGAAGAUGUGGAUCCUACAAAGAAAGAGGUGAAGUAUUCCUUGAUUAAUGAAGGAAUAUAACGACUUGCCACUGAAUUUACAUACUACUGUCUGUUGAAGGAAAUUGAAAUCAGAUCUUAAAUCACAUCUAACUACAUCUUUUCAGUUACGAGUCUACUACUAUUCUUUAUUAUCAGUAUUUAUUUCUUUUUUUCAUUGUAGGUGAUUACUUAGUCACUUUUCAUUGAUUACCUAGCUUAGCCUCUGAACAAGUGAACCAUUUUCAAGGUUUUCACAAGUUUUUAUACAACUCUUCUUGUAUAUUUGCCGAAAACUAUGAGAGUUGAGCAAUCCUAAGUGCCCAAUUGCAUAGUGAAAUCGCGUCGAAUUUCUUCAGUUAAACGUCGUCUUAGCCAAACUUUGUCCAACUGUUCAAUGAUGAAAUCAUGAGAACCCUAUCCCUUUCGUCGUGACUAUAGAGUGGUCAGCAUCUAUGCAAAUUUAUUGGAACAAAAGGAGGCGUUUGCAUAAGAAAAGAGUUAAACUGCCACAGGAUUUGUUUGGGACACUAACAUGGCCGCCGUUUCAUUGUUUUGGGACACCAAUAUGGCCGCCGUGACGUCAUGUGAAGACACUCCAUUGCGUGCCCGCAAUGCAUUGUGCUUAUAGAUUAGCCUCCGCAUUUUUCAGGCUUGUUUAGGUCAGCAUUUCCUUUUCAGAGACUGAGAGUGUGAGACAAUUAUAAUGUUUUUGUUCUCGUCGUGUCAUUAGACACCCAAGUCUGGGGAAUGAAAGGUGGUUUGUGGAAGUCGGAGUUUUGCUUUCAAAUGUGGGCAGGGCCAGAAAAAGUUUCAAAGCGUGCUUGUGCGUUUUGUUUUUCGCUUGUUAAUACUGUGUUUCUGGCUUUGUUAUUUCCUCAGAUGCAUCUUGCAGAUGAUUCAUUUGUUGAGCUUUUUAAAAUGACCAAGAAAGAGUGGGAAGGUGUUCCUCAGUGGAAGAAAAACCAGACCAAGAAAGCAUUGGAUCUGUUCUGAAUGGGAAAAGUCUAACAAACAGCUAGAAUUUUUUUUUUUUUGCAACACUAGGAACUGGCGCUUUUUUAAUGUAGCUGAUUGUUAAACAGCAGUGUGACUACUGUUACGGUGAUAAAGCUUUAGCCGGUCAGCGGUCACUGAGCUAAAUCAGAAUUCACGAGACUCAGUGGACUUGAAGGGUUUCCUUUUGGAUGGUUAUAUUACAAGUUUUCAUUCACAGGAACCCAACUAGAAUCACAUUAAUUUAUAACUAUGUAUUUAUCCGUCGUGUUUUUCAAUACUGCAUAAAUUUUCAGACAUCUUUUAAAGGUUGCCAUAGAGAAUUGUUUAAAAAUUGUCAUGACGUAUAUGCAUGUCGUCACGAAGGCAAUGUUGCUCCUUUGCUGCAUCCAAGCAAUGGACCCCUACUCCCCCCCCCCCCCGUAAAAAAAAAAGAGGAAAGGGGAGGACUAGGCAACAUGACCGCCGCGACGUUAUGCUUCUACGCCUUAUUUAAUUGGUUAUCAAAAUAAGGGUCAGUGACUCUUCUGCCUUAGAGCCUUAGGGCGGUUAUUAGUUUGGAGAGAAUUCACUAAAUCAAUCGUUAUACUUAAAACCUGUGUGUUUUAACUAACUAAAAUCAGAAAUCCAAGCAAUCGAUGUGGGUUUGUUCAUCUUGAAUCCAAGAAUUAAUUCCCGCAAAAAUUUCAUGAAAUUAGAAUUUUCUACAUUAGAUAGGGUAAUAAAAGGGGAUGUGUAAUAUUCCCAUGUUUUGUAAUCAAUUGCAAAAUCAAGCAGCAGAGUUGCAGUGUAUAUUUCAAUUUGAAUUGCCUUUUAUUUGUAGCACAAUUUACUUAGGAGACUAUAUCAUUACCAUCCUUCCUCUUUGGGAUUUUUAAGUGAUCGAUUGCGUUCACGCGGGUUAACACUGCCCGUCGUUCUUUGCUGCACUUAACUAUCCUUGAGACCCAGAUGUUUUGUUGAUAGUCUUAGCACGUAGCCUAGGGCCUAAGUUAUUUAAUGUAAUUUUGUCUGCACAACUUUAAAGGGAGCUUUUUUGGCGUACUAUUCACAUUCUUAGUUGUAGUGAAAAUGUCCUUAAUUUUUGUAAUUAUUUCGUCUUAUUAAGGAAUCAAGACCUUUUCACGUAAGCGUUAUCUAGCCUCUUUAAAAUGUCGAGACCUCAGUCUUUGCGCGUGCUCGAAGACAAAAAAUAGUUGACAGAUGCCAACGGGCCGCGUGGAGUGUUUUAGCACCCAGGUAAAAUAAAUAGAAAUAUUAAAUGCAAAUAGUAGUUACAAAAAUUUAUCACUAGGACGUACGUAGGAAUGACUCAGGUAGUAAGUAAGUUAUUUGAUUUCUUUUUCUAUUGUUUUUUUCUACUAUUUAUUGACUUCUCUUUUCGUACUGAACCUCCAGUUGAGAGGUUAGUAAGCAAUAGUUAAGACAGAUUCAGUGAGUUUUUGAAGUCACAGACAGCACUGUCAUCUGGUUGUUUAUCAAAUACAAUUUUCAAGCACAACAAAGAGGAAUCCUGUUGAUUUUCUUUGUCUUAAAUAGCUAUAAAUAAACCCUAAAGAGCAGACCAUCAGAGGAGGGCCGGGCGCGGUUUUAUUUUCGAAUUCGUAUGCGCUCUUCGACGUGACAUGACAGAGUAGACUCUUUAUCAAGGCGAUUGUGAGCUCUAGACGACUAAAUCGAGAAGAUGAAUUGACUUUAGGCCUUACAGUAAAUUUGAAAUUUAAUAAAUCUAAGCGACUCUCUAUUACCAACCGCUGUUUGGGAAAUGAGCCCGCGCUCCUCCCCCGACCGAGAGAGUGCCGGAAAUCGAGCCUAUGUGUAAUGCUGGAGAGGCGAAACGAUUUAAUCCAAAAGGAGUCUUUGGAUGCAAUUUGAAAGACGCCCUUGUACCGUUUAUACUGGUGCGAGUGCAUUAGUGGCCGGGGAGCGUUGGACUCAAGGGGCCUGUUUCUCGAAAGGCCCGGAAACUUUUCGGGCCCGAAGGCAAAUCUUAAAAUCAAAACCAGUUGAAUAGUAGCACAGUUCCUAGCUCACAGACCAGUCAAUUUUGCUUCGUUAACUGAUAGUUUCAUUGUAUAAUUUUCAGAAUUAUUAAAACUUUGAUCUUGAAUGCAAACACAGCCGACAUAAAAUUACACAGCUUGCUAUCGGGACUUUUGAGAAACGGUCCCCAGUACCCUGCCUCGAAAGCCGCCAGGGCCUGAACACUAGAAAAAGUUCCAAAAUUCAAUAGAAGAUGAAACUUACUCGCUUUUAGCCAAAAGGAAACUAAAAAAUAAUGUGAAAUAGUUUAAAUAGUUUUAAUCAACGACGAGAAACCUAUAGCCCUCUUUGCACAAAACUGAAAAUCACUAACAAAAGGUUUACUCUUGUGAUUUCAUUUGUGUUAAAAUUUGCAAGGGUCAGCUUUUAAGACGAGAAUUUUAAAAUCUUGUUAUACAUCGUAUGGAUUUUAUAUUCACAAGCCAAAGCAAGGGUAAAAACCUGACAAAUAAGGCUUAAACACCGGGCUCAUUUCUGAACUCAAAAACACUGGACUUGUGUCAAAUACUUGCCUUAGAAACACUAUUAGUGUAAGGGUUGAAUACAACAUGUCUUAAUAAAACAGUUGAACACGUUAUUUAAUAUGGCACCUGUUAGUAACUAAAAUAUUAAUAUCAGCGUCCUACUAGUACAGAGGUCAAACUUAAUAGAAGUUUUUUAGCAGCAAAAAUUAGUCGAUUAAAGUGAUUUUACGUAAUAGAGUUUUAAAAAAUCAACCCGUUUGAUGAGUCAGAAUAUUAAAUAUUAAUGGUUUAACAGAGUGAUAAUAUUACUUUCACCCAUCCACCGUAAUCUUUAAGGUGUCGUCUAUAGCAGUAGUUUACUUUACCUGUUAGAAUACCCACUGAUAUAAACUGAUAACGAAGUUAAUGAUUCUUUUAUUUACCAGACAUGCACGGGUUACCAGAUUAACGCACAAACGACCAAAUGGUCGAGUGCUCAAUAAAAAAAAAGUACAUGACCUGUUAAUUAGAUUAACGUAUUUCAGCUUUCUGGUUUGAUGCAGCCUCCGUAAAAAACCAAACGUGGUAUGGUUAUGCAUUUUACCAGGAUAUCCUCACUUUCGGCGGCCAUUUUUAUUAUUGAACCCUUUGUUUCAUUUACAAUUAUUAUUCGUUAUGGUACCUGUUCCAUUGAAAUUCAUGCAGGCAAAAUUGGUCUUUAUUGUCAUUUAAUAACGUGUUCAUUCUCGGGGCUUUAAGUUUUGUUCUUUCUUUUUUUUUUACGCGUUAUAAUAAAAAGACCUGAAUUACAGUGAUUGAAAUUUUCCCAAAAUGACCACGCCAUGCCGCUUUGUGUUAAAAGUGGUCCGGGCAAUUAUAGAAAUCUUGAUAAUUAGUCAGCGAAACUUUGUAAUUACAACUAAAUAAUAAACAACGAAAUUACAACAAAAGCAUAAGCAUGAUUUUCGUACUUUAAAAUUGACGAGAGUCUCUAUGAUCGACACCUUCAUGUUUGAAGUUCCCUUUUAGUAGGAAAAAUAAUAAGAAUGAUCAACACCUUCUACAUAUUUUAUUUUCUUGUUAUUUUAUCUUAUCUAUCACACCUUUUGUAAUUUUUGUUAUUGGGAAGAGACACGAAAAGAUAAUUUGACACGCACAAUUUGUACCCCUAAAAACCUCUAUUAAAAGAAUACACUGAAUAUUAUCAAAACUGGCUAUUUUUAGACGUCCGAAGUUGAGGUUGGACGAGUUAACUCUCCGCGGUCUCUACCAUAAUGUCAUCUACAAUUGCCGGAUUAUUUAGGUCUCCCUUGAAAUAAAUGUUAUUGACCAUAUAAAGAGCUACUUGUUUUUAACUACUGUUUAUGUAAUUCUAAGCCAUUGUGGAGAAUAUAAGGCCAACUUUGAGUCAAAAAUAGACGUUAAAAACACAAGUAACCGCUUGGUCAAUGAUUCUUAUAAUAGGCAGUGAUUCCUUGUUUUGUCUCAGUCCGAUCAACUUUGUCUACAUUCCUUCAAACCUGUAAUUUUAUUAGAGAGACAGGUUUAAAUCAGGAGCCAACUUGAAAUCCUAUCCUGGACAUAAAGAGCUGAUAGACUGAGUUACGCCGUUGCAUACAAGUAGGGCAUGAGACAUUCUCUGACCUGCCUUCUCUUCGAAAGGCUGUCCUGUUUAUCUAAGGCGCGGAAAGGUUUUUGGCUUCAGACAUCCAAUAUAGAACUUUGCAUAUUUUAUUUUACUUGACAAAGAGAAGAAUCCUAGAUGCCCAGGUGUAAAUCCUGGAUCUCUAAAUAAAAGGGCACUUAUAGUAAGACUUUAGGGCUCAAUGAGCCUGGAGUUGUUUUUCUAGAAAAACACGCACUCCUUGUGGACAAACUCAAACCGACCGUCCCUGCCUCCACAAAGACGCCCUCAUUUUGUUUCACAUUAGUCCAACAACGCCGGGUGUGACUUGUUCAUCACAUUAAAAUUGAAAACAAGUAUAUUAACUUUUAAUGACAUUUUAGCAAUUACAAGCAGAAGUGAAAACCUUGUUACAAUGUGUUUGCAGCUGUUUUAAAAACCGCUGUUUUUUGUCUUUUUUCUUUCUCUUUUCAGCCAUUUUAAGGCAGCUACGUUUCACGAUUGACAAACACUAGCACUCAGAACUGAGGAGUAACAAAGAGGAGUGUUAGGAAAUGUGGGUUUUCCGAUGAAUUGCAAAAUUCAGAACUGUGCGGAAAAGUGAAUAUUAGCUUUAAGACUGCUUAACAACUAUCACAUUACCCAUCUUUCUAAAGAUAACUUCACAGCUAGAAUCUUCCAGCAGUGCAACCACAAAACCAUUGUUUUGUGUUAAGUGUCUUCAUUACUUCAAAAUAACUAUAACUCAAAAUCAGCUUCCGUGCAGUGCCAGGUCUCUGCACCAUUCAACGUUAAAAUUAACAAAGAUAACCUUUUUUCAAACUAAAAACUCUUCUUGGUGGGUGUUGGUUAUUUGCAAGUCAAUGCCUCUGCUUUAAGGGACUGAAUAAAUUACAAUACUCAUUAUGAAGUCUACAUGGGUAUGAGGAAACUGUUUAAUACAAGUGGGAACAGUAUUAAAACCCCGUAGAAAGCUAUAAACUGACCUUACUUCAGGUGCACGCAUUGGAGUCGAUUCAGUAAGCUUCAGGUGUUCAACGACUAUAAAGCCGAUGAAAUGUUUGCUACUAACACUCAUCAACUAAGUUUCGCCCCGCCGCAAUUGGAGAACAACAUGCUCAACAGCUUGCAAGUGAACGAAACACCAUCGUUUUUUGCUGAUAACGUAAUGAUGGGACCAAAUGGAAGCUGUUUCCCAGAUGGUUCCACAUUUCAUGGAAACACCGCUAGUGACUCUGAUUUCGCCAAAGGUAUCUAUAACUUACGUCCGAGAGGGCCUGCUCCACAUUUACCAAUAGCGCAACCAAAGUUUGAGCCAGAAGAAACGCCAUCGCCCGUGAAAUCAAAGCGUCAAAAAAAUUCCCUCAAGAAACGUCUUUUGGUGAAUGCGCGGGAGCGUGAUCGAAUGCGCGUCUUGAACAACGGUUUUCAGGCACUUCGUGAUGCCCUCCCCUGCUACAUUGCUGAUGGCCACAUGGCCAAGAUAACCACGCUUCGUUUAGCUAUAAACUACAUCAAGGCGCUGAACGAAGUCUUGAACGAGGAACCCCCAACAGGCAAGCCAGUGGCAAAGUGCGUGCCACCGCUGCAACAUCCGGUACCUACUGCCUCAUCCGCUCCUCCGUACAAUCAGUCGUUGAUUACGAAUGAACUAGAACCAUUCAAAGAGCCUCUUCCACCCAUUGAUGUAAGUUCUAUUCAGUAG